AUGGAAGCCGUCUUCGGAAUCCCGUAUGCUGUCCUGGAAUGCCCAAAUUUGAAGUUGAAGAAGCCGUCAUGGAUCCGACAGCCUUCAGCAAUGGUUGUUUUUGCCAUUGUCUUGUUGUCUUACUUUCUUGUAACUGGAGGUAUCAUCUAUGAUGUUAUUGUGGAGCCUCCAAGUAUAGGAUCGACCACCGACGAGAGGGGCAAUUCUAAACCGGUCGCCUUUAUGCCAUACAGGGUUAAUGGGCAGUACAUCAUGGAGGGUCUCGCUUCCAGUUUUCUCUUCACCCUGGGAGGCCUGGGCUUUGUUAUACUCGACCAGACCAACAAGCCACUAAUGCCCAAGCUAAAUCGCAUCUUGCUGAUCUGUGUGGGAGCCGGCGCUGUUGUCAUUGCCUUCUUUACUUGUAGAGUCUUCAUGAAGAUUAAAUUACCGGGGUACAUGCAGUAA